AUGGAACUGGCCUCCAAGUCGAACCAAGUGUAUCUCCUGGUGAAGAUCAUAAACUUGGUAAAUGUCAACGCCGUCAGCCAUGUGAAGAAGGCUUUGAAGUUGAUCGUGUUCGACCUCUUCGGGCUGGCCAUGUUACUCAAGGUCGAUUUUAAAAUGUUGAAAGUGGCACAGUGCAACCGCUUCUUCAUUGUGCACACCAGUUUGAGGAUGCUAAACCUUCUCCUGUACGCCAUGCAACCCAGCCAAACCAUGCGCCACCAGUUUUCCCUGAAGGUUUUGAAGAUUUCGAAUUUUCUGCCCAAUUUGACAUGCACCACGGGGGUAGACGUGUGCCAAGAAAAUGCUGACAAAGCGGUGAAGAAGCCCGCCUACAAUGUUGUGCAGUCAGUUAAAGCAUUACACACAGGAUGA